AUGGAGGAAGAUAUUGUUUGUCCUACGAGUGAAGGAUAUACCAUCAAGUAUGACUCUAACUUUGUCAACAAGUAUCCUCGACGAAACACACUUGGCGAACAUACUACAGGAGAACCCAACAAUCCAAAUCAUCUUUUGGAAGCCUUCCCCUGCCUUUUCCCAUAUGGUAUGAGAGGCUUUAAGGUCAAACACCCUCAUCCUAUCACAUACAAAAAUCAUGCUAAAUGGGCUAUGAGAUACGUAGAUAAGAGAUUCAGGAAAGAUCUUCACUUUAUGUUUCAAGUCUUUGUCUGUCGAGCUGCUAUUCUCCAAGUUCAGAAGAAGACAUUUCAUGAUCAUGAAGAAGCCUUUCAUACUUUGACCUCACAUGAUCUAACGGUUGCAGGCAUCGAGGAAUUAAAUCAUAAGCCACUUUCCAAUCCUAUAGUUCACUCUCUCAAACAACAUGUGAAUGCAGUAUGGACAAAGGUCAUCAGGACAGAUGAAUCACACAUGAAAAUCCGGGCUUUAAUAUGGGGUAUGACUUUGAUGAAAAAUCCUCCAUCAUUGUGGAUUAUGCUUAACCUGAUCGACAUGCACAAUCCUAUUGCACAAGUUUUCAUUGGUGAAGAAAUCAAUCUGGAUGCAUUCAAUCAUGAUAUGGAUCCCUUUGGAGCUGCCCAUUUUUAUUAUUAUAUCAUCCAAGCCAUUCUAGCCAAUUUGUUUAGUAUCACAAUAAGCAGCAAGGGAAAGAUCACAUGGCGAGGUGGAAUCUUUGGCAUUGUUGAAGGUUAUAAUGGCACAGUGUGCAGUCGAUGCAAGUUUGGAUGUGCAAUGUGCACAAACACAAGAGGCCACACGUGA